AUGCACUUCCAGGAUGAUAUGUGGUUUCACCCCAGGCCCAAGAACAACAGAGCAACCAACCAUGGACUGAAGCCUGCAAACACUGCCCCUCAUCCCUACAUGGGGGUGGUCCUGGAAGAAGUAAGCAGGGUUGUGUGUGCAUUGUCUGAAGACAUGGAAACACACCCUAGUCCUUAUGGCUGGCUGUGGGAGUUGGUGAUAUGUACAGCUAUUGGAUUUUUUGUUGUUCUCUUGUUUUUGUGGAGAAGUUAUCAGCCUGAGAGAAGCGGGCGUUACAUGAGAAUAGAAGAAAAGUUUGCUCUAAAACUUUCUAGACUAAUUGAAGAAAGAUGUGAACUACUUGAAAAAGUUAGCCUUGUUCAAAAAGAGUAUGAAGGCUUAGAGUCCUCUUUAAAGGAUGCCAUUUUGGUGAAGGAGUCAAUAGAAGCAGAAAAUUUUGAAGCAAUCUAUGAAAACCUGGAUAGGUCCAUAUCUAAACUUGAGGAUGAGAUACUCCUUCUAGAAAAAGAGGUAAAAGAAAAGAAAACUAAACAGUCUCAACAGGAUGAAUUAAUGGUGGAUAUAUCAAAAAGGAUUAAGUUCCUAGAAGAUGAAUCAGAAUCCCUCAGUUCACAAAUACUGGAAGCUAAAACAGCCUUUAGACUAUUUCAAAUGAAUGAAGAAGAAAUUACAGUAGCAAUAAAAGCAACUUUGAAUGAAAAUUCUCAACUUCAGGAAAGUCAGAAACAGCUUUUAUAUGAAGCUGAAGUAUGGAAAGAAAAAGUGAAUGGCCUUAAUAAACAGAAAACAACACUUGAAGACUCCAAAGUACAAGUAGAACAAGUUCUAAGAGAUAAAGAAAAUCACAAUAAGUCUCUGACUGAACACUUACUGCAGAUGGAAGAUUGGGCUUCUGUGUUUGGAGAAGUCCUAACAGAUUAUGGUAACUUGGAAUUAGAAAUGAAGAAUGUUGAUGCUCACUUAGAGGAUUAGCCAAAAGGAACUUUGAAGAAACAGUUUUAUACUACUAAUUUAAAGACCUCUUUUAAAACCUUACAAGGAGAAAGAAAUCAAAUUUUUACUUUAUUUUCUGAAUUAAUUGAAUCAAAGGAAGACCUUAUAGAACAUAUUAAAAAUCUUAAGACAGAACAAGCAUCUUUGCAGUCAAAAAAUACACAAUUUAAGUUUCAGCAGAAACUCAAAGUCAUGAUUGAACUACAUCAAGAAAAUGUAAUGAAACUCCAAAGGAAAUUAAUAGGAGAGGAAAACUACUAGAUAGAGUGAGAAGAGGAACUUUCCAAAAUGGAGAAAAACAUCAGCCAUGCAACUGAAAAACUGGAGACCUAUAGAAAACAAGUCAAAGACCUUGAAGAAUUGGAGAGAACCAUUCAUUCUUAUCAGGAACUGAUUAUGUACUGUGAGAAGAAAGCACAUGAUAAUGAGUUGGUAGCUCAGAGUGCUGAAAGAUACCUCAAUGAUUUAAGGAAACAAAAUGCUCAUGACAGACAAAACUUAACGGAAAAUGAGUUUGAAUUUAAACUUGUAGGAAAAGAUCCUUCUGCAAUCAGAAGUCCAUUGUUUCCAGUGGAUCCAAGGAGUCAGUUCAUGAGAAGAGGACCGUUUUUUCCUCCACCUCCUCCAAGAAACAUGUAUGGAGCAUCUUGAGAAUAUUUUCCACCAGGCCCACCACUCCCUCCAUUCCCAAUGAGACCGUGGUGUUUUCCUCAUUAUCUUCCCCCAAAAGCUGAAUUUCCCCCUCCUCCCUCCCCUGCCUUCUGAAAGUACAAGUGAGUUCCCUUCAGGGUUGAUUCCACCUUCAAAUGAGCCUGCUACUGAACAUCCAUAAGCACAACAAGAAACAAGAAACCUGACAACAGUUUUUAUCUUCCUUCAAAAGUAAUAUAUCUCUUAUUUUUAGUUUAACUGCUUUUAUUCAAGUGAUUACACUUUUGCUCCAAUUGAAGCUUAACAGAAUUACAAUUCUUAGAAUAAUAUUUUAUAAAUAAAGAUGGUUUAAAUAUGAA